AUGAUAGGUGAAUCCAAACCAACAGCUCUUCGGCGGUUCACCAUGCUGGAAGGACGUUUCGCCAGCAAACCUGAGUUGAAGACGAAUUACGAUAGCUUCAUGGAGGAGUAUUUAUCUCUGGGACACAUGCGUCUUGUCCAAGGAAACGAGCCCUCUGACGUUCCGGCCUACUACCUUCCACACCAUCCGAUCAUAAAAGAAGCCAGCACGACUACUAAGACCCGCGUCGUAUUUGACGGUUCCAGCAAGACAACUUCUGGGUUCUCUUUAAAUGACGCACUGUGUGUAGGACCGGUCAUACAGGACGACCUUCUGACCCUGGUGAUCCGCUUCCGAAAAUUUAUUGUCGCGGUCAUUGCGGACAUUGCGAAAAUGUACCGCCAGGUACUCAUUCACCCCGACGACGCUCUGCUCCAAAGAAUCAUCUGGCGUUUCAGUUCUUCCUACCAUCUAUCUAUAUAUGAACUUCUUACGUUCACAUAUGGCCUUGCUCCCUCAUCUUUCUUGGCAACGCGCACCCUUCAACAACUCGCGAACGAUGAAGGGCAUUCCUAUCCACUUGGUAAAAUCGCUCUGCAAAAAUCGUUCUACGUCGACGACUUUAUAGGAGGAGCCGAUUCCGUUCCUGAGGCGAUCCAGUUGCGCAACGAAUUGACGGAGCUUCUAGCAAAGGGAGGAUUUUCUAUACGCAAAUGGACAUCAAACAAGCUGUGA